UGAACAAAAUAAGUGAAGCAAAAAACUAUGGUUUUAUUACUCAAUUUUUUUGGCUUUUAGUAACCAAAAGACUUGAAAUAUACAAGCAAAUAAUAAUUUGCUAAAUACAGAAAAUAAAAACCUAAGUUCUUUUUCUUGAUAACAAUUUAGAUACAUAUUUAUAUAAUUUUAUAAUAUUACAAUAUAAUCGCCUUCAUUUUGUUUUUUUUUUUUUUUUAGUAAGUUACAUCUUACAUAUCUACGUACAUAUAUUAUUACUCUUAUCGAAACCAUGUGUAUUGCAAAUUACAACUUCCCUUUCUUUUUUCCUUGUUUUUUGUUUCCCCUACCGCCCUUGCCUUAGUCGUGGUCGAAUGUCGAAUUGUCGACAAACCAACGAGUCUGACUGUAAACUGCCGUAAACGGCGUCGUGAACCGUCGUCAUCCGUACUUUUUUUACGCAUUCUUUUUAUUGUUUUUUUUUUUUCCUUUUCAAUAUCAUCUUUUUUUAUUUCCACAAUUCACAUUCGACAAUGUAUCGAGCAUGCUCACACGCAAUUCAGAGAAAAUAGUGGCAUGCGUCGGUUAAUCUAUGGCAGAUCAACAAGAUCAGUUUUUGCUCGGGGGGCCUGUAGAGAAGGCAAGUGCUUCAGCAGAUGCCUCUAAGCUACGAGGGAAGAGCAGUGGCACAAAUAAUAUUAGAAAACGUCAUAAUACUGGAGCAGGAUAUACAACAAUAAGUGAUAAGCGUCGUAAACAAACUGAUACAGCAACAGCAUCAGCAGUUAAUCGAAGACGUACAAUCGAAACAUCCAAACCUGAAGAUACAAAUUUACGACAAACAAGACAACAAUCAACAAUUACGCGAAAAAGUAUAGCAAAACAAAGUGAAACAACACCAAUUGAUUGUGUCGCAUCACGUACACGUUCUCGUACACCACAAUAUCAAAGUUGUGGACAAUUAAAUAAUAUUGAUAAUAAAUUGAUAAGUGAUUCUUCAAUACAACGUGGAAAAGGUAAAACACAAAAUACAAGAGAUAAUUAUUUAAUUGGUGGUACGAGUAGUCAAGAAUUGGUUGUUAAACCAAGCAUCAGAGUGGGUAACGUAGCAAGUACGACUGCGGAUAGUAGUAGUGGGGGAUUGUCACAUGAAGGGGCAAGUACAAGUGGCGUUAAUAUAACGUCUACUGUCAACCCUUCAGUGUCAGCCUCAACUACUACUGCUGCCAACAAUUCAACACCAACCCACAAACACUUACUACGUUCACGUGUUAAAUUACCAACAUCUGAACAAUCAUCAAGUAGUAAAACUAUUGGUAAAUCAAGUAAAAAGGAAAAUUCAACAACGCGUUUAUUAACAUUUUUUAGAAAUCGUUCUUUAACACGAGUACGUAAAAGUAGUGAGAGUGCUUCAACAACAUUUAGUUUGUCAAUGUCGGCAAGUGAUAAUCUAACCAAUAAUAAUACAACAUUGACAAAUGUUGGUGUUACAUCAUCUGUUAAUCAAUCAUCAAGUGGUGAAGAUGAUGGAAUAACAGCAAGUACUUUAACAUCGGUAACAGCUGGAAUGACCACAACAACAACAACAACUGCAGCAGCAGCAGCAGCAAGUGGUGGUCCAUCUGGUAUGUCUGUUACAACUGGAGAUAGUGAAAGCGAUGAUGGUGAAGUUGGCAGGUUACAAGCACUAUUAGAAGCACGUGGCUUGCCACCCCAUGUGUUUGGAGCACUUGGACCACGUAUGCAACAUCUUUUGAAUCGUUCGAUGGGUGCUAAUUCAUCAGCAAAAGCACAACAAUUAUUAACUGGUUUACAAUCGAUUGAUGAUGAGGGUGAACAAUUACAAGCGGUUAUUGGAAUGGGAGAAAUACUUGUUAUGGGUAAUGAAGAUACUUUAACUGGUUUUCCAGUUAAACAAGUUGUUGCUGCAUUGAUCAAUUUACUUGGUAUUGAACAUAAUUUUGUUAUAAUGACACAUGCUUGUCGUGCAUUGACUUACAUGAUGGAAGCAUUACCAAGAUCAUCGACAGUUGUUGUUGAUGCUGUACCUGUAUUUUUGCAAAAACUCGAAUCAAUCGAAUGUAUGGAUGUUGCUGAACAAUGUUUAACAGCUCUUGCAAUGUUAUCACGAAGACAUAGUAAAACAAUUUUACAUGCUGGUGGUGUAUCGGCAUGUUUAAAAUUUGUUGAUUUUUUUAAUAUAACAGCUCAACGUGCUGCAUUAACAAUAACAGCAAAUUGCUGUCAAAAUUUACAUCCAGAUGAUUAUCAUUUGGUGAGUGAUAGUCUUGUUUUGCUAACAAAUAGACUCACAAAUCAAGAUAAAAAAAGUGUUGAGUGUGUUUGUCAAGCAUUUAGUCGUUUGGUUGAUUCAUUCCAACAUGAUCCAAUAAUGUUACAUAAAAUAAUAACAGCUGAAUUACUACAAAAUUUACAACAAUUACUCAUGAUAACACCACCAGUUAAUAGUAUUGGUAACUUUAUAACAGUACUACGUAUGCUAUCAGUCAUAUCAAAUCGUUGUCCAGAUUUAGCACAAUUAUUAUUACAACAAAAUAUUGCAUAUACAUUGAGUUAUUUAUUAACUGGUUCACUUGAUGUAAAAACAGAUGAUGUUGAGUUAGUACAACGUUCACCACAAGAACUAUUCGAAAUAACAUGUUUAAUUGAAGAAUUAAUGCCAACAUUACCAAAUGACGGUAUAUUCUAUGUUAAUAAUUUAAUUGAACGCAAUAAAAAUACUAAUGAAAAUGUACAUUGGGAAUGGCGCGAUGAGCGCCAUUGUUGUCAUAAAUUUAGUACAAUUGAUUCACGUAUUAUUGAAAUGGCAUAUCAAAAUGGUGAAGAUGAAAUAUGCUUAUCAACACUUGGACGUACAUAUACUAUUGAUUUAACGAUGAUGAAACAAAUUAAUGAAGAUAUGGGUAUGGCUAGAAGUAUCUAUCGUCGUGUUGUAACUGAUACACAAGAACCAAAAAAAAAUCAACCAACAAAUAUUGAUGUUUCACUGAAAACUAAUGAUGCAAAUGAAUGGCUUGUGUCAUUUAUUCGAACUUUAUUUUCAGUUCUUUAUGAGGUUUAUAGUAGUUCAGCUGGACCAGCAGUUAAAUGUAAAUGCCUAAGAGCUUUGUUACGAAUGGUUUACUACGCAUCAACUGAUUUAUUGAAAGACGUAUUAAAAAAUCAAACUGUAUCGUCACAUAUUGCUGGUAUGCUGGCAUCACAAGAUCUUCGUAUUGUCAUUGGUGCAUUACAAAUGGCAAGUAUACUCAUGAAUAAAUUACCAAAUGUAUUUGGUGUUCAUUUUCAUCGUGAAGGUGUUCUACAUCAAAUACGUCAACUUGCCGAUCCAGAAGUUCCCAUUGGUGUAUCACCACCAUCAAAAACAUUAUGUAAUACAUAUAGUCUUGCAUUAAGUCCACAACCAGGGCCAUCAAAUUCAUCAACAGCAACAAAAACUUCAUCAUCAAGCAGUGCUCCAUCACCCGUAGCUUCUCCUACCACGAAUAAAAAUAUUUUAUUUGGCAGCAUUGCAAUAAAUCAAAUUAAGCCAUCAAUCUCCGGAGCAACAAUGGAAACACGUAGUAAAAGUGAUUUAAGUACAAAUGAGGAUGCAAUUAAUAAUACACCAUCAACCACAUCAACAAAUUUACGUAUUGGUGAUGUAUUAAAACGUAAACGUCAAAAUAAGAAAGGUAGAUUUUCUCGAUUGAGUAAUUCAACAACACCAUUAUUAACAACAACAACAACAACAGCAACAACAACAGCAACAACAACAACCACAACAACAACAUCAUCAACGAUUUUAACGUCAACACCAUCACAACAAUCAUCACAACCUGAAUCCUUGUUUACUGGUUUCGCACAAAAAAAUAAUCGCUUUUUGGGCAAUUUAAAUCCAGCCCGAUGGGGAAAAAAAACAUCAUCAUCAACAUCAUCAAAUACAUCAAAUGAUAAACGAGAUACAUCAACAAGUAUAUCAAAACUACCAAGUAAUCCAAAUUUGAUUGGAGGUAAUCGCGAUAAAGCUAAGGCAUGGGUACGUGAAGAAUCAUCAAAGUUUUUACAACGUUAUCAGGAUGAUGGUACAUGUACGCACCCAGCAUUAACAGUAUUGUCACGUUUACAGUCAUCAAUACAAAAUUUAAAAUCAAAUGAUAAUGACAAAAUAUUAAUAUCGUUGACUGAAUUACGUGAUAUUAUUGUUGAAAGUGAUAUAUCACCAUUUGAAAUGAAUCACAGUGGUUUAAUAAAAGCCUUACUUAAUUAUUUAACUAAAACAGAUGACUUAAAUUAUGAACGUUUACGUUUAUUUUGGAAAAUAUUUUCAUCAACAACUCUUGAUGAUUCAAUCAUUGAUAAAGAACCAGGUGCAUUUGGUGCACUUGUUAAUAAAUUAAAUAGUUGUGUUGCACAAUUGGAACAAUUUCCAGUUAAAGUACAUGAUUUACCAACUGGCAGUGGUAAUGGACGUGGUGGCACAAGUGCAUUAAAGUUUUUUAAUACACAUCAAUUAAAAUGUAAUUUACAGCGUCAUCCUGAUUGUAAUAAUUUAAAACAAUGGAAAGGUGGUACUGUCAAAAUUGAUCCAUUAGCAUUAGUACAAGCAAUUGAACGUUAUUUGAUGGUACGUGGUUAUGGCAGAAUACGUGAUAAUGAUACAUUAAUAAGUGAUGAUGAUAAUAGUGAUGAUGAUAUUGAUGAUACACUUGCUGCUGUUGUUAUAAGUCAAGGAUCAAAACAUAAAUUACAGUUUUUAAUAGGUAAUAAUGUAUUACCAUUUAAUAUGACUGUUUAUCAAGCUGUUAGACAAUUUAGUUGCAAUGGUAUUGAUCAAGGAGAUGCUGAUAAUGACUGUGAACCACCGUUAGGUCAUGACGCUGUAUGGUUACAAACGCAUACUAUUUAUUAUCGUCCAUUGCCUGAUGACGAUUCAUUAGUAAUCAUAAAACCAGGUGUAAGUACUCAGUGUAGUAGAAAAGGUAAAGGUAAAAGUACAAAAUUAAGUUCCAAAAGAAAAGAAGAUACACUUUGGCUUGAUGGUGUUGUACCAGACUCAAAAUGCCCACUUGAACCAUAUUUAUCAUCAACUUUACCAUCUGUUACAAUAACUGAUGCAUCGUUGGAUGGUCUUUGCUUAUUGCGAUUACUUUAUUCAUUGAAUCGACACUGGGGCGUGUUAUUUCCUUAUGUCAAAAGUCGGACUUUAUUAACACCACAAGAUUUUAUAAAUAAUAAAAUUGCUGCAAAAGCUAACAGACAAUUGCAAGAUCCACUCGUUAUUAUGACUGGUAAUUUACCAUCUUGGCUACAACAAAUUGCAACUGUUUGUCCAUUUUUGUUUCCAUUUGAAACACGACAACUUUUACUUUAUGCAACAUCAUUCGAUCGUGACAGAGCCCUUCAACGUUUGCUUGAUUCAGCACCAGAAUUAUCAGCAACUGAUAGUCAAGAACGCGUUACGCCUCGUCUUGAACGUAGGAAACGUACAAUUUCUAGAACCGAUAUUCUUAAACAAGCAGAACAGGUUAUACAAGAUCUUGCAUCAAGUAAAGCGUUACUUGAAGUACAGUAUAUUAAUGAAGUUGGUACUGGUCUUGGUCCAACACUAGAAUUUUAUGCACUUGUCUCACGUGAAUUACAACGUGCUGAUCUUGAUUUAUGGCAUGGCUGUACAACACCAAAUGAACUUGGCUAUGUUUAUUUGGCUAACGGAUUGUUCACAAAACCAACACCAUGGGGAACUAAAGUACCACAUCUUGCUAAACUCAAAACAAAAUUCAAGUUUUUGGGUAAAUUUAUGGCUAAAGCUAUUUAUGAUUCAAGAAUGAUUGAUUUGCCGUUUAGCUUGACGUUUUAUAGAUGGCUGUUGGGUGAAGAACGUACGCUUACAAUCGCUGAUUUGGCAUUCGUUUGUCCAGAUGUUUAUCGUACUUUAGUCAAGUUAAAAAAUGUUGUCAAAAGAAAAGAAGAAAUCGAACAGGAUACAACAAUUAAAGCUAAUGAAAAAUCAGAACUUAUCGAAGCACUUGAUCUUGAUUCAUGUAUAAUUAGUGAUCUUGGAUUAGUCUUUGAACUUCCUGGAUAUGACAACAUCGAACUACGAAAAGGUGGCAGUGAAAUACCUGUAACAAUUCAUAAUUUGGAUCAGUACAUCAAGCUUGUAGUGCAUUGGUUCCUUUAUGAAGGUGUUUUUCGUCAAAUGGAAGCAUUCCGUGAAGGAUUUGAGUCAGUUUUUCCACCGAAUCAACUACGCUUAUUUUUCCCUGAAGAACUUGAGGCUGUUUUCUGUGGACAUGGGCAAAGUGGUGGACAAUGGGAUGUAAAGACACUUCUUGAGUGUUGUAGAACUGAUCAUGGAUAUACACCCGACUCACGAGCAAUUCGGUUUUUAUUUGAAGUAAUGUCUGAAUAUGAUGCUGAAGAGCAGAGACAAUUUAUUCAAUUUGUGACUGGAUCACCAAGAUUACCUGUUGGAGGUUUUAAAAGCUUAACUCCACCACUAACAAUUGUGCGUAAAACAUUUGAACAAUCAAUCAAAACUGAUGAUUUUUUGCCGUCCGUGAUGACAUGUGUCAACUAUCUUAAACUGCCGGACUACACAACACUCGAUAUAAUGCGUGAUAAAUUGCGAAUUGCUGCACAAGAAGGGCAACACUCGUUUCAUUUAUCCUAAAUAUUUUUUCAUCUCAUCUAUUAUUAACCAUAUAUGUCAUUUAUCAAUUUAGAAAAAAUCAAGUAGUCGAAUUUGAAAAAAAAAAAAAAAAAUUUCUUUUAUUUUUUUCAAAAAUAAUAAAUUAUUGUAGUGAAUCAUUAACAUCAUUCAUAUUUUUUAGUUAGCAAGAUUUGAAAAAGAAUUUCUCUAAAAAGAUUUAAAAAAGAGGUGAUAGAAAAUCAAUUGUCUUCGAGGUGACUGCGAUUAAUAAAAAACGCGAUGAAAAAAAAAAAAAAAAAAAAAUGUAAAUAUUAAUUAUUAUUUCAGUUUAGUUUAAGAGCAAAAACUCACAAUUAAUAACAAAAAUAAUAUUGAUAAUAAUAAUAAUGUAGAGACCGUGACGACGGGAUAAGUAUUGGAAUAAACAGUGCAAAUCAAGUUUGUUAUUUAAAACAUAAGCAACUUGAAAAAAAAAUUGCGAAAGAAAUAUGGACUUCUAAAUGCCCAUGUUAUUUCAAAAUAGAAUAAACAUAAAUGAACAUAAGUAAUACACAAAAAAAAAAAAAACGAAUAAUAAAAACAAGUCGAGGUAUAAUAAUUCACAAAUAGUAAUAAGAACAACGCUAUUGUAGAAAAUGAUGGUGAUAUAAUAAAAUUUUCUCCAUUGAAAAAACAAAAAA